AUGUCUUGCUCUAAGGAGACUGAUUACAUCCAGUCACUGUGCUGUGUUCAGUGGCCCUUGAGCUACCUUUUCAUCUUUUGGAUCUUGCAGCCAUUGUUCAUUUACUUGCUGUUUACAUCCUUGUGGCCUCUUCCCACACUUUACCUUGCCUGGCUUUUCCUGGACUGGAAGACUCCAGAACAAGGUGGCAGGCGUUCAUCAUGGGUAAGGAACUGGUAUGUCUGGACCCACCUGAGGGAUUAUUUCCCUGUCACAAUCCUGAAGACAAAGGACCUACCACCAGAGCACAACUACCUCAUGGGGGUUCACCCGCAUGGCCUCCUGACCUUUGGCGCCUUCUGUAACUUCUGCACUGAGGCCACAGGCUUCUCAAAGAUCUUCCCAGGGAUCACUUCUUACUUGGCCACGCUCUCCUGGUUCUUCAAGGUUCCUAUUCUCAGAGACUACCUCAUGGCCAAAGGCGUGUGCCCUGUGAGCCAGCAAGCCAUUGACUACUUAUUGAACCAUGGCACUGGCAACCUUGUGGGCAUUGUCGUGGGAGGAGUGAAAGAGGCCCUGCACAGUGUGCCCAACACCACCACUCUCCUCCUCCAGAAGCACAAGGGGUUUGUGCGUACAGCUCUUCAGCAUGGGGUUCAUCUGGUCCCCACCUUCACUUUUGGAGAAACGGAACUGUUUACUCAGGUGGUGUUCUGCCAGAGCAGUACAAUGGGAAGGUUCCAGCACGUCUUCCGGCAGAUCUUUGGUUUCUAUUUUUGUGUCUUCUAUGGACAGGGCUUCCACCAAGACUCCACAGGGUUGUUACCAUACCACCGGCCUAUUGUCACUAUAGUUGGAGAGCCUCUACCACUACCUCAUAUUGAAAAGCCAACUCAGGAGAUAGUAGACAAAUACCAUGCUCUCUAUAUGGAUGCCCUGCAGAAACUAUUUGAACAGCAUAAGACCCAGUACGGCUGUCCAGACACCCAGAAGCUGCUGUUCUUGUGA